AUGGUGAACGACAGGUGGAAAAGUACAGAUGGGGGGCAACAAGACAGCCCAAAGCAAAAUACCCAGAAGCUGAGCUGUGGCUAUGUGCUAUGUAUGGUCCUGCUCUUCCUGGCUGUGUUACUGGCUGUGGCAGUAACAGGAACCCUCCUCUUCCUCAACCAUUAUCACCAGGCCACAGAUACACCACCUCUCAUCAGCACCAACCAGGACAAGACACAGGCUCUGGUUACCAUUGACCAGGCUGACAGCUCAAGGAUCAACAUCUUUGUCGACCCCAACUGCCCGGAUUACAAGAGUGAUUUGGACCGUUUGGAAGGCCUCCAGUCAUCUGUUCUCACUGCUGUGUCUAGCCGUGGAGAGGACAUGGGGGCAACUGAGGGGCAAGACAUGGCAAUGCUGGUCACAGUGGCAGACCAAGUGUCCAGGCUCUCAUCCCAAUUGAGACAGGAUUAUGAGACCUUGAAACAGGGCCAAGGCAACUUGAGACAAGAACUGAAUUCACUCCAGUCAGAGCAAGGCAGGUUAAUUGAGCUACUCUCAGAGAGUCAGGUUAACUUGGUUAAAGUCGUAGGUUCGAUGAGUGAUGCAUUGGAUUCUCUCCAGAGAGAACAAGGAGCCUUAAAGCCCCAUGUGAAGGCAAAUCUGGUGAAAGGACCAACCAGACAUCGCCCCAAGCAUUGCCCAAAUGACCCUCGCCCCAAAGACUGCUAUGAUAUCUUCUUGAGGGGACAGAAGGAGGAUGGAAUCUAUUCUGUUUUUCCUACCCAUUACCCGGCAGGAUUUCAGGUCUCAUGUGACAUGACCAUGGCUGGAGGAGGCUGGACAGUAUUUCAGCGGCGGAAGGAUGGGUCAGUGAAUUUUUUCCAAGGCUGGGAUGCCUACAAAGAUGGAUUCGGGAGGAUAACAGGAGAGCACUGGUUGGGUUUGAAAAGGAUUCAUGCUCUCACCAUUCAGUCACAUUAUGAACUCCGCGUGGAGAUGGAAGACUUUGAGAACAGCACAGCCUAUGCUCAGUAUGGGACAUUUGGGAUUGGACUGUUCUCUGUUGACCCAGAAAGUGACAGCUAUCCACUGACUGUGGCAGACUACACCGGAACUGCAGGGGACUCCCUCCUGAAGCACAGCGGCAUGAGAUUCACCACUAAGGAUCGGGACAAUGACCUCUCCAUGAAUAAUUGUGCCAUGUUCUACCAUGGCGCAUGGUGGUACCAUAAUUGCCAUACUUCCAACCUCAACGGCCGAUACCUGAAGGGCCAUCACACCUCAUAUGCAAAUGGAAUUGAGUGGUCCUCUUGGACUGGCUGGCAGUAUUCACUCAAAUUUGUAGAGAUGAAGAUCAGGCCAAGGAAUGGAGGCCAAUAA